UCGUAGUGGUGAUUGCCCAAAAAAAAAAAAAACUUCGUACUGGUGAUAUUAUGAUUCUUCUUGUCCCGCCAUUUUUAUUAUCUAAUUAUUUAAUGUUUUUAUUCCAUCGAUUUUUCUGUUUGUUUAAUCGUUUUCUUUAUCUUCGUUGUCCUGGGGAUCCAUUUCAUGUUCACAAGUUGUUCGGAUAUUGGGCGAAACGUUCUUACGAUUGCUGUAUCAAAGGCUCCGAUCUGAUUACAGUACUUCAUCAAUCCAUGCAACCAUUGUUGUAAACCCUCCUCUUAUCCAUCCAAAAACUAAUAGGUUAAAACUACGUCGUCCGUGACUUAUUCCUAAAGUUCUGUCUGUGUAUGAUCAUAAGACACACACACACACAAUAAUAAUAUUUAAAAGCCAUUUUGAUGUGAAGAUUCUAUUUAAUGUUGAGAAAAGUUUGCUGAUACCAGUUUGUGGACGGCAAGGGUCAUCAUCACUGUGCACAUGAUCGUCGUGAUAGGUCUUUUUCUGUCAUGAUGCACUUCUACGUGAAUAUAUGCAGAUGCGGAACGAUUGGGGUGAAGGUACUUUCAACUGGACGGAUUCCUUUUGACUGUUAUCGUUUACUAGCUGAGGAUCAUUGCGAAAUUGGCUUUAGGCUUUAGCCUAAAGUUUUCCUGCUAUCGCCAGACCAGGGAAUGAGGAACGUAACUCAUUAUUGGGGUGAAAGUUCCAGUUCAACAUCUCUUAGCAGUCAGAAUGACACUGAGGAUGAUCGGAUGAUUGCUAUUGUACUAGCAGAGGAGUAUGCCAACUUGGACGGUGCAGUUGGUACGCGACUUUCCAACUUGGCACCUGUUCGUCAUGUGCCCCGGAUAAAUUCCUUCAUCCCCAACAUAAGUGAUGCCAGGAUGGAUCACCAGCGUCUUCUUCACAGGCUAAAGAUAUAUGGUCUUUGUGAAGUUAAAGUCUCUGGUGACGGAAAUUGUCAGUUCCGAGCCAUUUCGGAUCAGAUGUACAAGUCAUCUGAACAUCACAAGUAUGUUCGAAAAGAGAUUGUGAAGCAGCUCAAAGAUCACCGUUCCUUGUAUGAAUGUUAUGUCCCAAUGAAGUACAAACAGUAUUGCAAGAAAAUGGCAGAAUCUGGAGAAUGGGGAGACCAUGUUACCUUACAGGCAGCUGCUGACAAGUUUGCUGCAAAGAUAUGUCUUUUGACAUCGUUCAGAGACACGUGUUUUGUUGAACUUACGCCGCUGAAUAAAGUGCCAAAGUGUCAGUUAUGGCUGAGCUUCUGGUCUGAAGUUCAUUACAAUUCACUAUAUGCAUUUCAGGCUGCGCCAGUCAGGGAUAAACCAAGGAAGAAACACUGGUUGUUCUAGUAGAAGGAAGAAGAGGAGCUAGAUAAGAAACAUGAAGGACAUAAUUCAAUAUGAAGCCUAGUGCAUGCGUUCCCCCUUCUUUUCCUUAGUUUAGAUGCACACAUUAUUUAACUGUUAUUUCUUUUUCAUUUGAUAUGGGAAACAAACUUUCACCAAGUAACACAGAUACACAGAUACAUAAUUUGUAUAUCAUGAUCAUCAUCAUCAUCAUCAUCAUCAUCAUCUCGAUGCCACUACCACUUUAAGGGGUUAGUAAUGAAUAAGUUGCAUGGAAGAAAUCGAAGUGUGUCCCUCAAGCAAAAGCGGAUAGCACAGCUAGAAGCCAAAGACUAAUCCGUGGAAUGGGACGUGCAUGUGUCCUACAUGUGAGCCUCACAUGAUGUUAGUGUUCUAGAAUUUCUGUUGAUCUUAUCACAAGCUUGGUGCACGUUACUGGUACAAGGUUACAACGUUAUUGAAUUGGUUUCAACGCAAUUUCAACUUGGCCCUUCCCUUGGGUCAAAGCCAGAAGGGAAACAAACAAGAAGCCUCCGCUCUUGCCUGAAUAUUCCGGGGGGAGCUGCUACUCGUUCUCUCUAAUGAUCGCCCUUCCCAUCAUUAUCUAUAAAGUUGUUGACCUUUUUCGC